CCCAGCCGGCGCCCAGCCCCAAAUAAAGCAGAGCGGGCUCCCGCCGCAAGCCCCCGGACACCCAACUCGAUGAAAUUAGAGCAGCUGUCACGCAGCAAGAGCCCCGGGCUGCGUCUCGGCGCGGAGCUGCCGCGGGCUGAGGCGAGUGAGCAGGAGCCGAGAGCAGCUGCUGCGGGAGCCAGCGCGGGCGCUGCCGGAGGAUAAGGAGAGUCUCGCGGAGAAGAGGCCUGCGCUGAGAGGCCGCCUGGCCGUGAGCCUGGCGUAACUUCGGCUUCCCAGUCAGCCCCCGGAGAGCCAGGCUGAGCGACAAACCGCGCGGGGGGCUCCCGGCACCCCAGGGUAUGUUUCAGCGAAGGACAAGCAAGUCCACUGGCCCUUCGGCUAGUGCAGAAGAGACACAGAAGAAAGAUACUGCAAUGAUAAAUUUGACUAGACAUGAAAAGGAAAAAUAUAUUCCCAGUGAUGAACCUUCUUCAGCAAGUGCAGCUGGUGACCAGAAAGACAAACCUGCGUUAGAAACCAAAAAAGAACGUGCACAUUCAGGACAUGGAAAAACUGCUCAGGCACAUGACCUGAAGGCAUCCCUGACCAGCCACGAUUCCCAUAAAAACUGUGAAGUAAAGCUGUCGGCAUCAAGUAGCUCUUCAGCAAAGGAGUCCUCUGUAGACAAUGAGGAGGACAUGUACCGUGAUGCAGAAGAAAUAGAGAGAGAAAAAGUAUUACCUGUUUGUGAGACAGGCUCCUCAGAAAAUAAACUCAGUGUUGCACCUGAAAUGGACAUCAUAGAGUACUGCCAAAAAGAAUGGAGAGGAAAUACACCGGCGGCAAAACGUAUGAAAAAGGGAUAUGAAGCAGUUUCUCAGAAGUUUACCUCUAUAAGGAGAGUGCGAGGUGAUAACUAUUGUGCUCUCAGAGCAACAUUGUUCCAGGCACUGAGCCAAACUUCUGAACUUCCUGACUGGCUUCAGAGUGAGGACUUAACGUUGCUUCCAGAAAAACUGCUGAGCAAAUACGAUUGGAUCCAACAGUGGCAGCUAAGACAGAAACUGGGCAGGAAGAUGGGAGAACUAAGUGACGAAAUUAAAGACUACUUAAUACUUCUAAGGAAGAAGUGGGAGAGUAUGAGUGAAAUGAAAAGUCCUGUAGCGAGACAAGCAGCUUGUGAUGAAUUGUUCUCAAAUGAAGAGGAGGAGUACAGUCUCUAUGAAGCUGUGAAAUUUUUGAUGCUGAACACAGCUAUUGAAUUGUAUGAUGAUGAUAAAAAAGGAAAGAAAGUACCAGUGUUCUCAUGGCUAUUGUUUGCCCGGGAUACAUCCAGCAGCCCCAGUCAGCUAAUGAAUAAUCACUUGAAUCAAAUAGGUCACACUGGAGGCCUUGAGCAAGUGGAAAUGUUUCUUCUUGCAUAUGCUCUGCACUAUACCAUCAGAGUUUAUCGAUUGUAUAAAUACAGCACUGAUGAAUUCAUCACACUUUAUCCCAAUGACCCAGAGGAGGACUGGCCUGUGGUGACUCUUAUAACUGAAGACGACAGACAUUAUAAUAUUCCAGUCAGAAUGUGUGAAGAGACUAGUUUGUAAACGAGAUUUUGGCAGAUUUAUAAAUUUGAUAUCCAAAUCUGACCUGGACGUUAAAUUUCCAACACUAUAUUUUGAAAUAAAGUCAUGAUGAGAUUUA